GCUCCGCGCAGGCGCGCGCAGCAGGCAGGCUGAGGCACGCGCGCACGGCCGCCCCGCCCCCGCCCGGCCCGGACACCGCCGAUCCCCGCACCCCGCACCCCGCACCCCCAGGCACCGCGGGCACACCCGUGUCCCGCAGACACCCCGCAGCAGGACCUUGGGGGGGACGGCCCCGGCCUCAUCGCACGGAUUCCUUUCGCUAGCUCUUGACACUGUGUACCAAAGAAAUGGUGAUGGAGAAGCCCAGUCCCCUGCUGGUCGGGCGGGAGUUCGUGAGGCAGUACUACACCCUGCUAAAUAAAGCUCCUGACUUCUUGCACAGGUUUUAUGGCAGGAAUUCUUCUUAUGUCCACGGGGGACUGGAUGCCAGUGGGAAACCCCAGGAAGCAGUGUAUGGCCAAGCUGAGAUCCACAAGAAGGUGAUGUCCCUGCAGUUCAGUGAGUGCCACACCAAGAUCCGUCACGUGGACGCCCACGCCACGCUGAGCGACGGCGUGGUGGUGCAGGUCAUGGGGGAGCUGUCCAACAAUGGGCAGCCCAUGAGGAAGUUCAUGCAGACCUUUGUGCUUGCCCCAGAGGGUUCUGUUCCAAACAAGUUCUAUGUCCAUAAUGAUAUCUUCAGAUAUGAAGAUGAAGUAUUUGGGGAUUCAGAAGGAGAGCUUGAUGAAGAGUCUGAAGAAGAGGUGGAAGAGGAGCAGGAGGAAAGACAGCCAUCACCUGAACCAGCACAAGAGAAUGCAAGCAGUACUUACUAUGAAAACCAUCCUGUCACCAAUGGGAUAGAGGAGGCAUUAGAAGAAUCAUCUCAUGAACCUGAGCCUGAACUGGAGUCGGAAACAAAAAACGAGGAGCUGAAAACUGAAACAGAAGAAAAGACCCUUGAGGAGCUAGAAGAGAAAUCUCCAUCUCCACCUCCUGUAGAACCUGUUUCUCUACCACAAGAACCUCCAAAGGCUUUCUCUUGGGCUUCAGUGACCAGUAAAAACCUGCCUCCUAGUGGUACUGUUUCUUCCUCUGGAAUUCCACCCCAUGUUAAAGCACCAGUCUCACAGCCAAGAGUUGAAACUAAACCUGAAGCUCAGUCUCAGCCUCCUCGUGUACGUGAGCAGCGUCCCAGGGAAAGACCAGGAUUCCCCCCCCGAGGACCCCGCCCAGGGAGAGGGGACAUGGAGCAGAACGAGUCGGAUAACCGCCGGAUAAUCCGCUACCCAGACAGCCACCAGCUCUUUGUGGGGAACUUGCCACAUGACAUCGACGAGAGUGAGCUGAAGGAGUUCUUCAUGAGCUUUGGAAACGUGGUAGAACUUCGCAUAAAUACCAAGGGAGUGGGAGGAAAACUGCCUAAUUUUGGUUUCGUGGUGUUUGACGAUUCUGAGCCGGUCCAGAGAAUUUUAGUUGCAAAACCCAUAAUGUUCCGGGGUGAGGUGCGCUUGAACGUAGAAGAGAAAAAAACGAGAGCGGCUCGUGAGCGCGAGACCCGAGGCGGAGGAGGCGAGGACCGUAGGGACCUUCGUCGCAGUGAUAGAGGCCCCGGGGGUCCCCGUGGAAUAGUGGGUGGUGGCAUGAUGCGAGAGCGUGAUGGAAGAGGACCCCCCCCCAGGGGUGGCAUGGCACAGAAGCUGGGCUCCGGCCGAGGGACUGGGCAGAUGGAAGGCCGCUUCACCGGACAGCGCCGCUGAGCCUCCGCUGCGGGCAGCCGGCCUGGGCAGGGGUACACUAUCCAUCGUGUUUGCAUUCUUGUUAAUUUUUUUUGGCUUUGGAAUGUGACACAGCCCUUCUGAUCAUUUCUUUGAUGUGAAAGCAUCCUUUGGUUUCCGGUUUAAAUUGAGGUGGACGUUCUUUCCCAGUUUCACAACAGGAGUUACGCUGUUAAUUUAUAAAUGUAGACUUGGAGAAUUGAGGAAUGAAAAAAAAAAAAAAAAAAAAAAAAAAAACAAAACAAAAACAACCAAAAAAAAAAAAAGACCGGUUAACUAUCUGCAACAGAAGUGAACUAAAGGACAUGCCCAGUAGAAUUCAGGUCCUUUCAGUCAAAAACCCUCUGCUGCACAUUUUGUGUAAGUGUUACGGUUCUGCCUAUUCCUGAUGGAAACACAAAUUGUGCAAUUCGUGCAAUUGGAGAAGUUGCUUUUUUUUUUUUUUCCUUCUUAGAACACUCUGCUCCAAACAAACUCGUGUUUACGCACUCAUCAAAAUGCACUAAUGGGUACUCUGAACUCAUUUGUAUUGACAUCUGCAGGAGGCUGCGGAGGGAAAAUCCUUCAUCCUCUUACUCAGACAGAGUAGCUUGUGAAACGAUGCGGGCAUCUGAUCUGCUUGCUGUGACCAACAUGUACACACACAGACCUUAACGAGACUACACCUUGACUGCAGGAGGAAUCCAUUUAGAUGUAAACAGAACCCAGAGUUUCAAACUCAUAGCAAACAAGUACACAACAAGUUUGAUAGCUCACGUCAGGUUUUUCUGUCAGCCCCUCUUCAGUCCAGGGAUGGCUGCUCAACACACUGCUCCUUCCCCUCCCCUCGGUCAGCAUUGUACAGUGGAAUUUGUCUUGACUGUAUUUGAGUUCUCUGGUAAUGUAAUAAGCAUGAUGGUGCCUUCUAUGAAUACAUCAUUCCAGUCUUGCUGGUGAUUCUGUACAGUAUAGUGUAUGAAUUACUGUGCCGCAGAGCCGACUGGCUGCAAAGCAUUUAAAGGAAGUAAUUGAAAAAUUGUAUUAAAAAAAAAAAAAACACAACCAAAAAAAUUGCAGUAUCUUUCAAUCAGUAAACGUUGCUCAAGUUAUCAUCCUCCUUGCUCUUCAGUUAACAAGUUCGCCUGUUUUUUUGCAGAGGGGGGAAGGGAGGAAGAAAGCAUCCAAGUAGUCUCCAGGUUGUCUCUGCUCUUUGAUCAGUGUCAAAGUUACAGGAAACGGAGCUGAAAUCUCUCUUGGGUGUGAAUUUCAGAAGGCAGAAUGGUGAACACUUGUGGCCAGCUGGCGAUGGGUAGAACUGAGCAUCCUGUGUGAGGGUGAGCUGAUCAAACGAGGAUACUGCAAUUUUCAGAGAAUGAAAGCAGCAGGUCCCAAGUACUCGCGUUUUCCAGUUGCGCUUUUUGAAAAACUGAUUUUGCACAUGACCCUCAAGCUGGCACUUGUGUGGCUUCAGACUGAAGGGUAGAAAGGAGACGUGCUCUCCCUGGGGCUCAGAGGUGUUUCCAGGGGAUGCUCUGGAGUGCAUCCCCAGGAGCUGUCUCUGCAGCAGGCAGUGCAGCUCAGCCCAAGGCCAGGGCGUGCUGUGGGCUGACAGUGGGGGGAGUUCGUGGGCACCUCUGUGGGAAAGCACAGCCACCUGAAGCUGCUCCUGAGUGUAGGAGACCUCAAACAAAGUAAUGGCAAUUUCAGACAGAAGCAAAGAGGGCACUGUAGCAGUCUGUGUCUGGGUGAUGCAAUCAUUUGCUGGGACCCAGUCUGAUGGUGUCCGUUUUUCUGACCCGUUAGGCCCAGGGAAGUGGCAUCUGACUCCAGGUCUUCUCUGUUCCAUGGUAAGUCUUGCACUACGUUCAUACACUUAGGUUUGUUUUUUUUUCUGGGGCACAUUUCUAGGAGUUUCCAUUUCCAGAUUCCAGUUUUUCAGUGAAGGUCUUGCAUUUUCAGCUGUUACCCAGAAAUCUGUAGUACUUGAACUGCUCGCCACACACCACCAUCACUUGGGUUUGAAGCCUUUGGACAGAUUGCUGGCAGCAGUUUGCCACCAGUGUGCUUGCUGUAGCCUGUUUUGGUUUUUUUUUCCCUUUUGUGCUGUGGUGUUUUGCCACCACCUCACUGGUUUGUGUGGCAAAUAGCAGUGGGAGUGAUUUCCACAACAAAUGGAAUAUUCGCAAGAGCUACUGAGCCAUUCUGUUUUCUGGCUUGCUUCUUGUUGAAGCGAGAUGACCAACCCUUGGAACAUCAUCUGGAGAAGUUUACAUGGUGACAGCUCACCUGCUGUGCUGUGGACUCGAGGUGUUCUCAACCCUCUCAAUAGUACCUCUUGGAGCAAAGGAAGGGUUCCCUGACCAUUACUGUUCAUUGCUGAUUUGUGGAUGGUGGGAGUGUUUUGUCAUUACGGUUCUAUUUCAACAAACUUGGCUGCCCAUCUUGGCUUGAGUAGCUAUACCAGACAGUGGAUCACCAUCUUCAUUGCUGUAACGUGUCAAGCAUUAUAUGCUAGUAGAUUCUAGUUUAAAUGUUGCAGGUGGAAAGUAUUUUUACUUUUUAAGUUUCCAUUCUGACUGUGUUUUGACUAAACAUACCAAUAAACUACUGAUGUCUGCA